GACUGUGUCAUCCUCUUCCUGGUUUGGCUCCUCCUCUAGGAAGUGUCUUUUUGGAAAACUGAUUUAUAUAUAUUCUUAGAGAUUUCUGAAGGAAAAGGAGAAGCAUCUGAGCCGGAGUUCUUGGAUUUAGAUGGAAGAAACUGGAAGGAUGAAGGUGAGGGAAGGCAGAGGAAAGAAAGGGAAGGCAAGUUUUCCAAACAGAAGGCUCCAUGUGGAUGUUUCGACUGCUGCAGUAGAGUCUAGCAUUUCCCACCAUUUCAGGCUAAUAUUGUCUAAAGAUGAAAAUGGAGACCCGAGAAGCCCUUACAAGUACUAUACCAGGGCAGGUGUCACGGGAAGUGAGAGGGAGCUGCCAUGUUGGGAUGAUGGAAGCAUUUCUGCAGAGGAGACCAACUGAGGUGAAACAGGAACUCGACAAAGACUCACUUCAGCGGUGGGAAACCCAAUGGCAGGAGUUCCUGAAGAGCGUGGAAGGCCCUCACCCAAACUGGGGCACCUCUCAGUCGAGGGAGGAGCCGUGGGACGACGCCAAAGCCUUCCUGGCCUCCUUUGAGCAAGUGGCCCAAGCCUGCCGGUGGCCCAAGGAAGAGUGGGUGCCCCGGCUCCUGCCAGCAUUGAGUGGAGAGGCCAAGCGGGCCUUCACCAGCCUGGAGGCCGAAGGCAGGGAGGAUUAUGGGAAAGUGAAGGCUGCCAUCUUGCACAGGGAUGCCAUGUGGAGGGAGGAACAGCGGCAGUGUUUCCGGCGUUUCCGCUACCGAGUGGCCGAGGGGCCGAGAGGGGCUUACGGGCAGCUUCAGGAACUGUGUUGCCGGUGGCUGAAAGCUGAAAGGCAUUCAAAGGAGCAGAUCCUGGAGCUGCUGGUCUUGGAACAGUUCUUGGCCGUCCUACCUCCAGAGUUAGAGGCCUGGGUCAAGGAAUGUGGUCCAGAAACUUGCUCCCAGGCGGUGGCCUUGGCGGAGGACUUCCUCCAGAAGCAAGAGUCCAGGUGUCAAGCAAGCCAGGUGCAAUCUGAGGGAGAAGAGGAGACCGUGGAUUCCCCUGAAGAUGACCAAGCCCUGCCUGAGAUCGAGCAGAAGAAACUUAGUGUGGAGACCAAACAGGAAGAUGACAGCGGGGAUAUUGGACCCUUGGAUGAUGAAUGGAAAGAUGAGAAUGAGAGGCAAUUGUGUGAGGAUUCCUCAGAAAGAACAGAGUGUGAAGCAUUGAAGGAGAAUGUUUGGAGGCAAGAUGGGCCAGCGAGCAAAGACGGAAACCACACGGAAGAGACGGAAGCCAAAUCUUUCCUGUUUCAGGUGGAAAACUUCCACAAAAUCUCAGUCCAACAGGAAAAAGAAAAGAAGCGGAUUGCUUUCCCCAGUGUUCAUUGGAGAAUUCACCCUGAGGACAAAUCAGAUUUAAUGUUUGAAAAGACGUUCAGCCAGAGUGGAAACCUCACUGAAUGUGAAAUGCUUUAUGAAGGGACAAGUUCCAACAUAUACCUGAAUCAAAGUAUUCCUGCAGAUGAGAAACAGUUUAUGAAUUCGGAUCUUGGUAAGAUGAAGCAUGCAAGGAUCCCAAAAGGGCAGAAGCUGUAUAAAUGUUUGGAGUGUGGGAAAUGCUUUGGUCGGAGUUCACACCUUACUUCACACCAGAUAAUCCACACUGGGGAGAAGCCGUAUCAGUGCUUGGAGUGUGGGAAAGGUUUCGUCCAGAGCGCCCACCUCACGUCACACCAAAUCAUCCACACGGGAGAGAAGCCAUACCAGUGCUCUGAAUGUGGGAAGAGCUUCAACAAGAGCACCAACUUCCUGAGGCAUCAGAAGAUCCACAAGGGGGAGAAACCACACCGCUGCCUGGAUUGCAGCAAAAGCUUUGCUGACAAGCAGAGCCUCCUUCAACACCAAAGAGUGCACACUGGGGAGAAGCCCUAUCAGUGUACGGAGUGCGGAAAGAGUUUCAGUCACCGAGGAAGCUUCAGCGCCCAUCAACGGAUGCACACCGGGGAGAGGCCGUACACUUGCUCCGAAUGUGGCAAGAGCUUCCGUGACCAAUCAAGUCUUAUCAGACAUAAGAGGAUCCACACCGGAGAGAAACCGUACACCUGUUCAGAGUGUGGGAAGAGCUUCAAUCAAAGUACCAACCUGACUUUACAUCAGAGAAUCCACAUCGAAGGGAAGUUGUCACACGAACCUCAGCAUGUGCUGGAUUCUGGGAUGGCUGUGUUAGUCUUUUCAUCCAAUACAACAAACAGUCUAGUGGCAUCUUAAAAAUAAGUACGAGGGUUGAAUGAAAAGUAAUGGCUCCACCUUCAUAACUCCUCAACAGAUGGCGGUCCUGGUCUGCGGCAGGUCCUGGCAUGUUCAGUAGACUCUCCUCUACAGUUCCAUUCAGCAGGAAGCCUUAGCAUUCAAUGGCUGUGUUGUUAAAGUGCAAAGUAUGGGACCCUGCGCAGAUGGUCAGUCAAUGUGACUUAAGCAAUGUGCAGUCAUUGAAUUCUUGACAGCAGAAGGUGUCACCCCAAAGGAGAAAGGCAUCACCUUCAUUCUCGUAAUGCGAGAAGAGUUCCUGGCAAAUUUCAAGUCUGUGUGCUUUCAUUUCAAGCAUCAACAUCCUGGAUACCCAUUGUGCACAGAUCUUCUGAUAGCCAAGCAAAGCAAUCAUGUGAUCCACACGUUCUUGUGAAAUGCCGAUUAUGCUUGAAAUUUCUCUCUGAGUGAUACAAUUUAUUUAUUUUAUUUAUUUACAGCAUUUAUAUUCUGCCCUUCUCACCCC